AUGAGCGGUGCCUUUUCACUCUUUGAGCAAUACUAGAGAUUUGGGAAGAUGUCGGGGGCAUUUUGGAGAUCACGAGCGAAAAAUCAAAGAUUCAACAAUAUCGACGAGUGAACAGAGAAGUAGGCUAUCCUCUACGAAUUCAAAAAGAGAAAAAUUUCGGGAAACGGUUGGACGACUGAGUGAUUCUUGUUUGGUUACUGAGAAAAUGCUGGAAAUAAGACGAACAAAUCUAGAUAUUCUGACAAUAGAUCAGUUUUCCAACGCCACGAUGGAUUACGAUUUUCUCAGAAGGAACCAGAGAUCUAAGAGGGCUUGCUUGAAGCAGAUAUUACUGAUGAUAUUGCUUCUGCUAACUGUUAGUGCCUGGUUGCUAUACCAGAUUCAUCAGUCAGGAGAUAAUAGAACAGAAAGAUUUGGUGGUGAAAUCAAAAUUUUUGAAGAAUUUGGAAUUGUAUUGUUGGGGCGUAAAGUGAUGAUUCCAUCUUCAUGGUUGAAUAAUCAGAUCCCUCUUGUAGUAGAAGCUGAAAAUGAGAUUAAGGAUUCAUUCAAAGAAAAUUCUGGGAAGAUACUGAUACAUGAGAAGUACCCAAAUAAUGAUGUGCAGGUUAAUGAUGAGAAGGAUGAAACAGAUGGAAUCUACAGGUUUCAUGAUGAAAAUGGAGUUCCACCUGAAGUUAAUGAAGCAGAGCAUUAUUAUGGUAAUAGUUCAGGUUUUAGUUUUAGGAAAGAAAGAGAGGUGAACAGUUCUGAAGCAGUCACAUCUUCUGGAGAUGAUAAUGAUGUUCAAGUUGAUUUUGGAAGUAAAACUCGUGCUGACACCUCAGGAAUCAGUGAUGGACUUACUUUCAGUUUUGUGAGAUGAUUAUAGAACUGUUUCUCAUGAAUAAAAAUAUAAUGAGCAAGUUGUCAUAUUUAAUUAGACAUGUUUUCUGUUCGUGCAUGAAGGCCAUUAAUCAUGUUAUUCAUAAAUUGUAAAUAACAUUUACAUUAUUUUAUUUUUUUAAGUGAUU